UGUAAAGUGAGGGCAGCGGACUGGAUGCUUUUCACUUCCCUACGUCACUGGCACUUUGUGUCUGACUGCAGAAGGCCAGGACGUGGGCUUUGGCGCCACGGGAAGAACACUGGUGGAAUAUCUGUUCCUUUUUCUCCAGCACGUGAAUCGAGGCUCUGAGCGUUAGCGGAGCGUACAGCACCCCCCUUUUACUUAACAUUUCACACACUGAAAGGGAAGGGUCUUGAAAGUUACCUGGACUCAAUCUCAACAGGCAAUUGGGAAUGAUUUCAAAAGGAUGGAAAUGACCUAAACCUGAACUGCCAAGUGAAGGUUGUCAUGAAGAAAAUGUAAAAAAUGAGGACAGUCUGACUGGAAAGAUGAAAGAUGAAGCUAAAUCUGGAACAUAAUCAAUGCUGGUGAGAGGAAUGGGGGCCCUUGACUCCAUCCCGGGAGAUGAGACCAAGAGGUUACCUCUUGGCAGUUGAAAUCAUUUUAAAUUUACAGCUUUGAAAAUGUUGUCAGCACAAAUCUGAGGAGCGUUGGGAAGGAUAUCUCAGUACGGAGAGAUAAAGUUUUCUGGGGGCACCACACAGCAAAACACUGGCAAGCAAACAGGAGACACGCAGACUUCACAUGGUAAUUCCUCUCCUUAGGCACCUCAAGUCUGCAUCGCCCUCCCUGCACCAAAGCCUCAGAUGUUCCCAUCGUUGCUGAAGAAAGGGCAGGAGAGGAUCAGGCGGGAGACCUGGUGUCAUAUUUACGCAGACUGAGUCUGUCAGGGUAGCUAAGCCACUUCCCUGGGCUGAUUUCUUCACACGGAAUAAUGAUUACUUUAACAAUAAUAUAAAGUAAUGCAUAAAACAGCACCUGGAGAGGCAUAACGUGCUGUAUAAAGAGUCCUUUCCAUUUCAAGCAGAGAAGCCGAAGUAUUUUUACCCAGUAGAGGAAUGAUGUAGUUCCACCCAUAACCUUCUUUUCUUAUAUGCUUCCAGGCUGGACUUCCUCUCUGAAUGCUUGUUCACCACCUCCACCUGAAUGUUUCAGAGGCACUUCAUCUUGAUGCAUGUCCAAGGUCCCCUGUUGUCACCUGCUGCACAUUUGGAAGCUAGGAUGGGUCUGAGUGUGGACAUUUGGAAGUUUCAGCUAACUCGUUGCUUCUGCCUGGAAGACCAUCCUGUAGAAGUAGAAAAAGUGUUCCACAUGGUGCUUGACUUCGAGAGACAAGACGUGUUGUAGAAAGAAAUGGAUGAAGGCAGCUCAGGGGGCCCCAAACACAUGCUUUCCGUGGUCUAGUCUGGGGCAAGCCCUCCCGUGGGGCCCUGAGGUUCUGGGAUGUCGCCAGUUCUGGACGCAUGGCUGAUUCCUGAAUGACGAUGGUUCGCCGGGGGCUGCUUGCGUGGAUCUCUCGGGUGGUGGUUUUGCUUGUGCUGCUCUGCUGUGCCAUCUCCGUCCUCUACAUGUUGGCCUGCACUCCCAAAGGCAACGAGGAGCAGCUGGGGCUGCCCAGGGCCAACGGCCCCACAGGGAAGGAAGGGUACCAGGCCGCCCUGCAGGAGUGGGAGGAGCAGCACCGCAACUAUAUCAGCAGCCUCAAGAGGCAGAUCGCACAGCUUAAGGAGGAGCUGCAGGAGAGGAGCGAGCAGCUCAGGAACGCACAGUAUCACGCCAGCGAUGCCGCCGGCCUGGGCCCUGAGCCGGGCGCUCCCGAGAAGACCCAGGCCGACCUGCUGGCCUUCCUGCACGCGCAGGUGGACAAGGCGGAGGUGCACGCUGGCGUCAAGCUGGCCACCGAGUACGCCGCAGUGCCUUUCGACAGUUUCACCCUGCAGAAGGUGUACCAGUUGGAGACGGGCCUGACCCGCCACCCUGAGGAGAAACCCGUGAGGAAAGACAAGCGGGAUGAGUUGGUGGAAGCCAUCGAAUCAGCCUUGGAGACCCUCAACAGCCCUGCAGAGAACAGCCCAAACCAGCAUCCGUACACGGCCUCGGAUUUCAUCGAAGGGAUCUACCGCACAGAAAAGGAUAAAGGCACUUUGUAUGAGCUCACAUUCAAAGGGGACCACAAGCACGAAUUCAGACGCCUUGUCCUGUUUCGACCGUUUGGCCCUAUCAUGAAAGUAAAAAAAGAAAAACUCAACAUGGCCAACACGCUCAUCAACAUUAUCGUGCCGCUGGCAAGGAGGGUGGACAAGUUCCGACAGUUCAUGCAGAAUUUCAGGGAGACAUGCAUCCAACAGGAUGGGAGAAUACAUCUCACCGUUGUUUACUUUGGGAAAGAAGAAAUGAAUGAGGUCAAGGGAAUACUUGAAAACACUUCUAGAGCUGCCAACUUCAGGAACUUUACCUUCAUCCAACUGAAUGGAGAAUUUUCCCGAGGAAAGGGACUUGAUGUAGGAGCCCGCUUCUGGAAGGGAAGCAACGUCCUUCUCUUUUUCUGUGACGUUGACAUCCACUUCACCUCUGAGUUCCUCAACACGUGCAGGCUGAACACACAGCCAGGGAAGAAAGUAUUUUAUCCAGUCCUUUUCAGCCAGUACAAUCCUGGCAUCAUCUACGGCCAUCACGAUGCUGUCCCUCCCUUAGAACAGCAGCUGGUCAUAAAGAAGGAAACUGGAUUUUGGAGAGACUUCGGAUUUGGGAUGACAUGCCAGUAUCGGUCAGACUUCAUCAACAUAGGUGGGUUUGACUUGGACAUCAAAGGCUGGGGCGGAGAGGAUGUGCACCUGUACCGCAAGUACCUCCACAGCAACCUCAUAGUGGUGCGGACGCCCGUGCGGGGCCUCUUCCACCUCUGGCACGAGAAGCGCUGUGUGGACGAGCUGACCCCCGAGCAGUACAAGAUGUGCAUGCAGUCCAAGGCCAUGAACGAGGCCUCCCACGGGCAGCUGGGCAUGCUGGUCUUCCGGCACGAGAUUGAGGCUCACCUUCGCAAGCAGAAGCAGAAGUCAAGCAGCAAAAAAACAUGAACUCCCAGGGACACAUUGGGGGAGAUGUUUUUUUGUUUUUUCCUUUUGCAAUUAUCCUGACAAGUGGCUGCAACAAGGAAGCGAUGUCCAUAAAGGGCAAGCUGACUGAUUCCUAAGCGACAAAGGGAGCACGCCUCCAAUUUCUGCCUGUGCGGUUUUACGCAGCAGGAAUUCAAAUCUCCCACUUCGCCUGCAGAAGUAGCCCCAACAGAGGAAGGAUCCCCUGCAGCGUCUGACGAAGGAGAAUGGGUGUGAGGUUGUACGCUUGGCAGUGUGGAGGCCUGUUGCUUUCUGUGCUCAUUGCCAUAUUCAUGAGUGAAGACCAGUUUUGUACAAAGUUCAUUAGAAUGAAAGGCAAACAUUUCUCCCCAGCAGAAUGAUUGUAUCAGUAGGACUCUCGCGUCUAGGAACUCUGUGUCUAAAACAAGGCAGGCGAGGAGACUGUAAACUCAGAGAUACCCUCAUGAUGAUCCUUGUGAGUAUAUUAAGCAAAACCAAAUGGACUAAAAAAAGAAAAGAAAGAAUAACUGUUGCCAUUUUCCCCCAAAUUAUUCAAAAAUAAUCUCAUCUUUUUGGUUGUAGUUUUAACCAUCUCCAUUUGUUUAUUUUAUUUAAAAAUGCACUUUUCUUUUGCUUAAGAGUUAUAUUUUGCUUAUUUAAUGACCCGUUUGUAAGCCUUACUAAAGAGAGCACAAGCUAGCAUACACUUUUGCAUUUUUUAAGAAGAUACUUUUAGAUGCAUUAGGAGAACUUCCCAUUCAGAGCACCAGGUGGAUACCCCCAUCCGAGGACCUGCGGAUGCCGGGCCUGCCAGGCACCGCGUCAGACCUUCAGCACGGGGGAGGCGUGGCGUGGGGCUGCUGAGGACCCAGACAUAACCCGACUGUAUCUGGAGAGUAUUUCCGAAGAGGAGCAUCUGAACACUGGAGGGAAUUAAAAAUAUCCUUUUUUUUUUUUUUUUUUUAGCCUCAACAGAAAAGGAAACUCAUUCAGACUGGCGGUAUCUUGAUUUAUUUAAAAGUCAGAAAACACAUGUUUUUGCAAGGGAGAACUGGGGACUACUUUCUUACCUGUUUAAAUAAACCAAAGUACACUGUGUGAACCAAACGCUGUUUCCCAAGCGGGGUGCUCUUCCUGGCUGCCGGCUUCCAUGAGAAGAGCUGCGGGGACAUGUCUUUUGUGCAAGAUCACUCCAUCUGCCCGAGUCUCCUGGGAUGGGAGGUUUUGCUACAUGUUCACCCACCCCCGUCUAGGGGGGAGUAACUUCAUUCUUUUUUAAAUGAAGCUGUUCUACUCCAUCACCAAGACGCUUCUGAAAAUUGCAUUUUAUUACAGUUUCCAACUAUUUAAAGAAAAUAAAUACCGUUAACACUGCGUGGUUUCUACAUUCAUGUGAAAAUUAUUUAUUUAAUAGCCAGCACCAGAUGCAUGAGCUAAUUAUCUCUGAUUCCUUGUCUUCUGUUUGCCCACAGUCAAGUCAUUGUUUAAAAGCUUCAAGAACAUUCAAGCUGUUGGUGUGUGGGGGGGAAAAAAAAGAAAAGCAUUGUAUUGAUUUGUACGGGUAGUUCAUAACAUUUAAUUAAAACACAGGGCAUGAGUGGAAGGUGGCAUUGGACAGCUAAUAAAAUAUGACUUGUGGA